AUGGGCGGCAAACGCAAAGCCUCGCAAGACCUUCGGCGUCAGUCGCUCCCUGUAGACCAAACGUCGACCUCUGAAGGUCCCCCAGAAGAUGCGACAUCUCGAGAUAAUCACUAUACCGAGCUAUAUUCAAAAGCGCCAGACUUUCAGCAGCUCGCUCUUCAAGAUGCAGAUUUUGCGCGAUUGUGGAAGAAACACAAAAAUGAUUUCUUCAAUAAUCCGGAAUGUGUUAUGCAAUUGACGAAGUCACUUCUCAAGCUGGACUUUGGACUGAAGCUUGAACUUCCUGACGAUCGACUAUGCCCUCCUGUCCUCAACCGACACAACUAUCUGAUGUGGCUAAAAGGCCUCCUUGACAGCACUUCUUAUGAGAAACAGGAUAGGAAAAUCGUUGGAUUAGACAUUGGCACUGGCGCAAGUUGCAUAUAUCCGUUGAUGGGCUGCACUGAACGUGAUUGGGAGUUUAUCGCCACUGGUAAUACUUUCACCACUCCGUUGGCCAGAGCACCGCUAAUCAAAGCAGACAUCGAUCCAAAAAGCCUCGAGUAUGCUCGCAAGAACGUGGCGCUGAACGGCCUCGAGAACAGGAUCAAAGUCGUGGAGCGAAAGCCUACCGAUGCCCUCAUUCCACUCGAUGAUCUAGAUAUCAAAAACAUUUCUUUCACCAUGUCAAAUCCACCUUUCUACAAAUCCGAAGAAGAGUUACUAGAGAGUGCGAGAAAAAAGUCUCGCCCGCCCUUUACGGCAUGCACAGGAGCCAAGGUAGAGAUGGUGACCGACGGCGGCGAAGUAGCCUUUGUUGACUGCAUGCUCAAAGAGUCGUUCGUCCUUCAAGAACGUGUACAGUGGUAUACAUCCAUGUUCGGAUUUCUCACAAGUUUGAUCGAGUUUGUGGACAAAUUGAGAGAACACAAAAUUGACAAUUAUGCUGUCACAGAGUUUGUUCAGGGCAGUAAAACAAGAAGAUGGGCUAUUGCAUGGAGUUUUGGAAACAUGAGACCAGCCCAGUCAGUUGCACGCAGCAUCAAGACAGCGGUUUCCAAAAACGUGCUUCCAGAGAUCACAGAAGAGAAAGUCGUCGAUAUACCUCUCCAAGAGAAAAUCGGUGACUUUGCAGAUUGUUUCCGAUCUGAACUUGCGAAGCUAGACUUGAUCACCUGCGAAUGGGACACUGAGCGCCUGGAAGGUAUCGGACGAGCAGCAGGUCGCGUCUGGGCACGAGCUUGGCGUCGAAGAAAGCAGAGAGGGGAGACUGAAGACCAAAAGGUGGUAGAUGUAAAGUGCGAGUUUGCUUUCAAGGUUUCCAUACGGGUUGGUAAGGAUGAUGUGGCAGUCCACUGUCGAUGGCUUGAAGGCCACGAUCCUGUCACUUUCGAGAGUUUCAGGGGAUAUCUGAAGAAGACGGCGCGAUCCAUCAUUGAUCUUCAGAGCACCGAGAACAGAGCAUAG